AUGACCUCCCGGCCCCCCUUGGGCGUCCAACAGCGACCGCCACAGCACAAGCUGAGCGGGCCGACCCUGUCGCAACGCCCGGCCACCGCCCACCAGCGUGCUCUCUCCCACCAGCAGUAUCCUCCCCCGUCCCCCGUGCGCAAGGACGCUGCAUUCUACGACUUCAACGCGGUCGACCCCAGCGAUGGCGCCCCAGUUCGUCCUGCCGCCCAGCGCCGGGCCGGGUCCCGGCUCAAGUUGGAGCUCUCACACGACUCGACCGAUUCGAUUUCGCAUGCCCCUAUUAGCGAAUCCCCGAGCGCCGUCGAGUCCUCCAAGCCCUUCACGCCGUCCCGCAUUAUGCCCCCAACCGACUCUUCCGACCUGGGCGAUAUGAGCCCCCAUCUCUCGACCCAUCCGCCGAGCGCCGAGAUCGACACGCCUCUGCCCAUGCCUCACCGUCCGCCACCCUUUGUCGCUAGUCUACCGCGCCGUGAGAUGCCACCACCAACAAUAUCAAACCCAAUCAAGAAGGAUACCCGUCCGAAGCCCUUCACCAUAGAGCCGCCAGCCGCUGCCCCACGGUACUCGACACUCGCAGGUCCUCAGCCGAGAACAGGCGGCUUGACUGCCCCGAUGAAGACCGGAUACGCGGACUUUUUCCCUUGGACGGGGAAUCACCCAGAAGAUCAGUUCUCCGAGAAUGUUAUCCGGCAUGGAUACUACGACAAGGGCCCAUUCUCUACGGUUGAGACACAGUCCGCCAAGGGCAUAUUGUUCCCGGCCCUAAAGCACAAAACUGGGCUCACUGCCCUCUCUUCUGUCUUUACGGCCGUGUUGGGCCAGAGGAGGCACAGCGGCCGGAUAACGGCGCCGUCCACGUUCAAGCCCCCUCCUCGAGUUACCCUCACCGACACCAAACGGGAGGCAUGGUUAAGGGACCUCGCGAACCCCGCCAUUCCGCUUCGAAAGCUCAGCAGGACGAUCCCUCACGGCAUCCGCGGCAAGGUGCUUCUUGAGCAAUGCCUGAACAAGAACGUUCCAACCGACCGCGCCGUCUGGUUGAUAAAGUGUGUGGGUGCAAAUGAGAUUCGAGCAACCAAGAGGAAAGGCGUGAGCACCUUAGUCAUGGGCGGAGAGACCAGGUGGAUCAAGGACUGGACUGUUUCGGUUGAGCAGUUCAUCGAGCAUGUUUUCUUCUCCUUCGACGAGGAUGGGUGGAAAUCCAAGGUGCACUACACUACCCGACUGGCAGCACAUUUGUACGCGGAGCACUUGCUUGAUUGCGAGCAUUACUCGGAAUGGCUCGUAUCAAGUCUCGAAAACAGCUCCGAGGCCAGGCUCCCCAUGUGGAUGCUCAUCACCCAGUUGUACUGGAAAGAUCUUCUGAAGCUGAGGAAGUACGGCCGCAGGUUGGUCACGGCUCUCAUGACACACCACCACUUAAUAUAUAAUCACCCCGACAAAGACAUCCUCCAACCGCUCCUCGACAACUUGGCGCAGUGUUUAAACGCAUUAAUACUCAGGAGUCCAGAAAACUUUGUGUGUCCUUCAUCCUGGUCAAAGUACCGCGAUGCUCUGAAAGCUUGCCUUCCCGCUGGGGACGAGGCACGACAGAACUCGUAUGGAGCUAUCAAUGGUCGGAACGAGCAGCUUGCCGCGGCUGCCAACAGGUCGCAACCCGCCGCUCGACAUAUCCUGGUGCGAAUGCUGGACGCAACACUCCAAGCACCCAUGCCAGCCGAGCUACCCGCCCAGUGUUGGGACAUUUCCAAGGACAAGGAGGCCUUGGCCAGGGCUCUUCUGGAAUGGUGCACCUCCCUCUACCGCCCUGGGCUGGCCAAAGUCUACGUCACGAGCCGGAUUCUACGACACUGGAGCACGUUGGGCCUGGAUCCUACCGUGGCAGUGCUGGAUUUUCUCGAGACCGAUGCUUGCGAGGACGAGCCGCGCAAGGCUACACUCUAUCACGUCGUGUGUGAGCUUGUCCGCUCAGACAUCUUUUCAGUGCCGCGUUUGAUUAAGUGGCUCAUUGCCCGCGGAGGGGUAAGGAGCCCUGAGGAUGUGUCACCGACGGCUCCGGGGCGGACUCGUCUCCUUGCUGAAAUUCCUGCUUCCGCCCUCGCUCCGCCUCAGCGGGAUCUCAGAAACGCUGUCCUCCGGCGCGCUUCUUUCAGUGUGGUUGACGAGGCACAGGAUGUCGAAUUGGCGAUACGACACCUGAAGCACACAUUGAACCUGCCCAUGGAUGCUGGGGACCCGCUGCUGGAGCAGACACCGCUCUCGCUCAAGAAGCUUACUAGGAAGAUAUCGUCUGCGAGUCGAGCGCUCAAGGCCGAGCUUGGCUGCUGGCUUCGGGCCAGCUUCGCCGCACAUGCCAAGGAGAACGAGGAAGGCGGUCAGACUUCGGAUAUCUCGCCUACCAUCUUCUACGCAGUUCGAUCUGUGCUCGAGGCUGCUGAAGAUUUUUUGAUGCUUGGAGACAUCAUGAAGAUGCUCACCAAGAACUCGAGUCUCGAGAUCCUGGCGGCCAUUUCCGAUACCGUCAGCCGGCACUUUUUCAUCUUCUCCGCCUUGGGCGACACCUUGACGCUGUUUCGAACUCUUCAUCAGCGGCUCAAGGCCGCCGUCCGAGAGCAAGGGUUUGCAUUACGGCCGCUUCUGGCUUCGCUCGUCGCCCUCGUCCCAAGAAUACCCGGAAUGGAGGACAUUGCCUCGCAGUUGAAGAAGGAUCUGGCGCUGAACGACCGCCAAAAUCCCGUAGACGCGUGUUCGCCCGUGUCCGACAACAUGGUUGCCCGGCUGCAGGAUGACGCCGGUGAGCUGCACGAGGAGAUUGAGAAAAUACUGGCCGGGGGUUCGAGUCUCGACCGAAACACGAUGGAGCGACUGUUCCAGACUAUCGUGCAGCGCCUGCAGUUCAGUUGGGACAGAGCAACGGACAAGCAGCGGGCUUACGGCACCUUGCUGGGCCGGCUGCGACUCUUCAACACCCAGCACUUUGACGGACUCAUGGUCAAAUGGCUGCUGUUCGUUCGCACGCUCGGGAACCGCCCGUCCAUCCUGAGGAUCUUUCCGUUGCUCGUCUCGGUGGGGUGCCUCGACCUGUGCGCCAUCCUUGCAACCGCCUCGGAGUUGUCCGCCGGGCAGGGCGCGGUUACAGCGCGGGCACCCAGUGCGGGUACCCCGCCUCAUGUCGUCCAAAUAACGUAUCGAACGAGGUACAUGCAGGAGGUGCUUCAAUUGCUCACUGCACCCAUUCGGCAGGACGACCUGCUGACGGUCGAUGAAGCAUACCGCUUCGCCAUCCUUCAGGAUCAGGCGAUUCGUGAGUGCCCGAAGGAGGUCCUCGGCCUCAUUUUCCUGGCGUCUGCCGAGUACUCGUACGCAAAGGGGCAGAACGAUGACGAGGCGCUGCCUCUAGAAAGCGAGUGUGUCCGAGCGAGCCUCAUCGGAUUGCUCAAGCGCCUCGUGUUGAGGGACGCCGGGGGGGUUGCGCGGGCGUUAAGUGUCAAGAACUCGAAUCCGCACAUGAGCGGUUUGAUCGACAGCUUGACGACGGAUUUGCUGAUUCCCACCGGGGACAGCCGGAAACAAGUUACCUUUGAGCAGGUUUUGGAGCUCACCAACGAGUUUACUCUCCCAUUCUGCCAGGUGAAGCUAGCCCUGAGUCUGAGCUCCAACGAGCAGGCCAUCCACGAAACCGCGGAUCGACAGCAGUCGCACGUCGAUCUCUUCGCCAACGCUAUGGACAAGGCCAUUAGCGCGGGCAACAUCACCUGGGUCGGCAUGUUGAGCUGUCUCAGCCCAGAGAUCACCCAGCAUCUCAAGCUCCGCGCCCAGAGCCGCUUCUUGGAGCUCUUACCCUCCCUCCGCAGCCCACCAACUCCGAACACCGUUCUCCCGCAGACGCUCCAAAUGGCAGAAAACUUGCUGUCCGUCAUCGACGCCAUCAUGCGCAGCAGCCCAGCCGGAGCGCGGCAGCCCCAACUGCCCCCGGCAGUCGUAGACAAGCUCGUCGACCUAUGGGAACUCCUCGCCUCCCCCGACGAGCCAGCAUCAAUACCCACGAUCACCGACUCAUCCUCAACCGAUCCCAAACUCGCCGUCCUCACCCACUGGCUCCCGCUCACUCUCAAUUUCAUCACCCUCCACGCCCACCAGCAACAGCUACAGCUGCAGCAGCAACAGCACGUCCUCGACAACCCCUCCUCCUCCUCCUCCUCCUCCACCACCACCACCAAUAAACCCCCCGCCACCGCCGCAGACGUCCGCGCCAGGAUCCUGGUCACCUGCGCGGGUCUCAUGCAGGAGCUCGACCACUCGUCCGCGCACCCCCUGCACCAACACCUGAACCGUGGUACCGGUACUGGUACCGGUACAGGCACGGGGUGGUUUGAUACCCGGCCGCUGGGGCGCAGGUUAUUUGACCUGUCAUGUUUGCUGGUGGAUAACCUCAGCGAGGAGGCCAGGGCGAUGUGUGUGCGGGCGGUGAGGGAUUGUGCGGGCGGGGAUGCGAGGUUGAGGUAUUUGUUUAGUUUUUCGGGGGCUGGGUCUGGGUCGUCUGCUGCUGGGUCUGAAGGGGCGGAGGAGGGGGGGACGCUAUUUCUUGCGCAUCGUGAGAAAGGAUUGGUUGGUAAUGGUGGUGUUGGUGGAGUGGGGGGGAAUGGGAGGGGUGCAAAUGCUGCUGGCGGUGGUGGUGGUGGUAAUGGUGGAGGUGGGAAUACCAUGUUUAGUGGCCUGUUGGGCACGCCGGCUGCGCUGUGGGGGUUUGAUCGCGGCCAGGGCGGCGAGAGGCUCAGUGUGUUUCAGUAUCGGAGGUGGGAGGCGCUGAGCGAGCCGACGCCGAAUGUGGGGGAGAAUGAUACGGCUUUGAGUCUGGCGCUCUUUGAGGCGAGGAAGGUGCAGUGA